ACUCUCACGCGUCAACACAAAAAUUCAUAGAUUCUCUCUUUCUUGUUCUUCAAUUUUUCUUCUGAAAAUCUCUCUUUUUCUUGAUCUUCUUCACUGCUUUUUAUUUACUUUCAGCUUAGAAUCAAGAUUUGCUUCACUUUUUGAUUUAACUUUUGCUUCAAGUUUCAAGAAAAUCUUUCAUUCUUUCUGUUUCCUCUUCAAUUUCUUGAAGUUAUGAAGCAAAAAAUUCCAAGAAAUUAGGAGGGAACUUGACAUAUUUUUCUAAUUUUUAAUGGGUUUUGAUUUUUCAGUUAAAUUCACGAACAACGUGAUCUUUUCUUACGUUUCUUGAAGAAAAAAAAAUUAAGAACUUAUGUAUAGUUCUGCAGUAAUUUAAAAACGAAAAACAGAGGCUUCAAUUUUGUCGUCUAUUCUGUUCUAUGUUUUUGUCAUUUCGCGACGAUUUGUUACCAUUUUGCGACGGUUUUCACUCAAAAAGUUCAAAUAUUUUACUCGUCAAAAUCAAAUUUGACAUCAAACCCAGUUAAUCAAAUCGUUAAAAUUUUCAAUCUUUUUAUCAGCUUCAUCACGAACUCGAAAAUCCCAGCUCAAAUGUCAAACUUCACCUGAAAAACUUCAAAUUUUCUCAUAUCUUUAAAUUUUACAAACCCUAAUCAAGAAAAGCAUGCAAGAUCCAUCAAUGGCAUUCGACCCGAUGAAACAACAAUUUCCAGAGCAAGAACAGUUAAAAUGUCCGCGUUGUGAUUCGGGCAACACAAAAUUCUGUUACUACAACAACUAUAAUCUCUCACAGCCUCGUUAUUACUGCAAGAAUUGUCGCCGAUACUGGACUAAAGGCGGCGCUUUACGAAACAUACCAGUCGGCGGUGGCAGCCGGAAAAAUUCUAAACGUACUUCAAGCUCAAAACGAGCUAACUCGGAUUCGAAUUCGAAUUCUGAUCCGGCCCGGCUCAGUCGACGGGUGCCUGAGGCAGCUUCGUCGUCGUCGACGUCAAGUAUUUCAGUUACUACAGGUUCGGGUACAGCACCGGCGACAUUGAGUAAUGGGAAUGUGGAUGAUCCGACCCGAAUGUAUAGAUUGGAAGCGGAUCAGGAGAGGAAGAUAUUGGAUAUGGGUGGGAGCUUUAGCUCAUUGUUGUCAUCAAAUGCUCAGUUCGGAGGCAUUUUUGAGGGUUUGAAUGCAAAUGGGUCGGGUUUAAAAAUGGUGCAAGUGGGUGGGUUUGGAGAGGAUUUGAAUUCGGGUUUGGGUGAGAGUCCGGGUCGGAACCCGGGUUUGAAGGUAAAAGGCGGUAAUGAUAAUGGCGGCGGCGGCGGCGAUGAAUGUGGAGGAGGAGGAGGCGGUGAUGGUGGUGAGAGUUUCUUGCAAAAUGGUGAGUGGGGGAAUAGUACAAAUGGGUGGCCUGAUCUUGCUAUUUACACUCCAGGUUCUAAUUUCCAAUAGUGGAGAACACAAUAGCUAAUUAAUUUAUUUAAAGAAAAUAUUAAACUAUUAAUGAUGAUAAAUAUAAAUUAAUGAUCAUCCAAUAGGAUAAUGUGGAUUUUUAUCUUUGUUUUGUGUGGAUUUUUACAUUAAAAAUAUUUUCACAUGUGAAGAAGAAGAAAAAUGAUUAUUGUUAUUGGUGUUAAGAAAGAGCUUUUUGUUUAUAUUAUUAUAACCAUAAAUUAGUAAUUAAUCACUAA